AUGGAUGAAGGCUCCACAAGCGCCAUUGUGCUGCAAGUUUCUUCCUAUGCCAUUCGGUACGAUUGGAACGAUCUGGAAUCCAUUGAGCCAAGAAGCUUGAUCAAUUGUAUGGCAAUUCCGAAACGACUGGUUGAACCACAACUAGCAUUGUUGAAUCAAGAAGGAAUGGGUGUAACAUCCUCUUCAUCCACAAGCAAUACUCACCCGAACACAUCGGGUCAUCAUGAUGGAGGAGGCUCACAACAUGCAAAAUCAUUUCUCGCCUCAUCAUGUGAGAAGCAGGUCAUGAUGAUGAGAGGAAAAAUACUAGUUGAAAGAAAGACCAUCCAUCAAGACAAGAUGGACAAGGAGAAUUUCUUGGAAGGUGUAACUGUUGAAUUUGAUAGCCAUUACACUAAUGUGUUAGGAAAUGUAAAUAGUUCACCUUCAUCACAGUUGUUAACUAAUUUAGCAGUGGGAAAUGAAGCUCUUGAAUUGAAGAGAAAACAUCCCAAUGACUAUUUUUUAUAUUUUCCAAUAAGAUAUGGAAUAUUGAACACAGAAUUGAGUGAUUCGAAUGUACAUAUUAACGAGAAUACUGCCUUGGAAAUUUUGGUAAUUUUAAUAAGCAAAUGCCUGCGAGACUUGAUUUCAAAUGACAACACAAAACAGUCUGUUUUAUUAAUGUUCAGUGACUUAUUUAUUAAUCAGCAACAAUAUCAUUUGAAGUUUGUGAUUAAUCAAAUGCUUUUAACGUUUCCUAAUAUUGUCCAUCUAUCAGUACAAAAGGACAGUAUUAUGUCACUUUAUGGAAGCGGAAUCAUGCACCACCAAACAGAGUUAUACACCAUUGAUAUGGGAUUCACAAAGACGUCCGUUUAUUCAUACCAUCAUAAUGGUAGAUUAGCAAAUAUAAUUACAUUCCCUUAUGGUGGAAUAGACAUUUACAAUUUGAUUAUUGGAAUACUUCAAAUGUCCAAUCUAGAUCACAAUAUUGACAUCUCUUCUAAUUUAAAAGAGUUUGAUGAAAAUAUUCGAAAAUACUUUCUGACACUUAAAUAUAGUGCCCAUCAAGAAACGUUUCAACACGUGCAUAAUAUAAUGGUGGACGAUUCUCAGAAAUUAGCAAAAACCUUGACCAUCUCUAGUGAUGUAUUCUAUAUUGCUACAAAUAUGUAUUUUAAUACUAAAUUAUUACCUACCCCAAAGAAGAAAAUAUUUAGCGCCCUCAAUCCAUCAUCACAUUCAAAGGUUACCUCUAUCGAUAAAUAUUUAACCAAGUCAUUUAAGGGUGGACUAGGUGGAGUUACUAUUUGUCUAACAGGAGGGUUCUCAAACGUUCAACACUUACCUGAACAUUUGAAGGAAGUAUUGAAAAAGAAAAGAAUCAAAAUUUUAUACAGUAACGAACGAGAUAAAUUAGUUCCAGUUUAUGCAGUUACUUGGAAAGGAGGGGUUAUUAUUACCCAUGUAAUGGAGGCAUCAUCAGAUCAGGAUGAAGAUACUGCCAAUAAGGACAAGACAAAUUUGUUUGACAAACUUUUUGCGCGUAGAGAAGAAUUGCUUGCAAAGAAUGGCCUUAACAUGUCACCAAUUCUAGAUAAAAUCAUCUAA